ACUUAUUUUGAAGUAGCCUUAAGAAGAGAAACAUUCUUUAAAUUAAUUUUCUUUUUAACUAAAAAGUUUUUAAAAUUUAAAAACUUUCCACUCUUUAAAAAUGGAUCUUAUAUUAGCUGGUUUAGUAGUUACAUUGUUUUUUAUAUUAGUUUUGCCUUUAUUCAAAUUGUAUGGUAAAAACAAGUUUAUUCACAAGUGUAUUGAUGUUCUGCCUGGGGAUAAAUGGUACCCUUUAGUCGGUUCUUCUUAUAGUCUUCUAAGAACUCCAGUCGAAGACAGAUGGGAUGCCAUGAGCCAGAAACAUUCCAUAUUCGGACCAAUUUACAGAUCUUGGUACGGCCCCAAGCCGAGUGUGCACAUAUACAAACCAGAGCACAUUCAGAAACUUCUGAAAAGUCAGACACAAAUUUACAAAGGCAAAAACUACCAGGCAUUCACAUCGUGGUUAGGUCAGGGACUUAUGUUAGGAGGAGGUGAUUAUUGGAGAAGACAUAGAAAAAUCAUAAGACCAGCUUUCUAUGCAGCUAUUCUUGACUCAUACAUGGACAUUUUUAUAAAACACGCAGAGAAUGUUGUCGAUGUUUUGGACAAACACGUCGGAGAUGAUUGCGUCGACAUUUUCCCUUACUUAAAUCAGUGCGCCUUAGAUAUCAUUGCUGAAACAGCUAUGGGCGUUAAAAUAGAUUUUCUCAAGAAUCCAAGUUCCGAAUAUCCUCAAGCUAUUACAAAUUACGCACUUUUGGCUGUUAAAAGGAUGUUCCACCCAAUUGGACAAAAUGAGUUUUUGUAUGGACUAACUGAAGAUGCGAAACAUAUGAAAAUGAACUUGGAUAUUAUACAGAAGUUCAACAAAAAAAUUAUUGCUGAUAGAAAGUUACUAUACCAGCAGAACAAAGCGGAUGAAUUCCAUGACUCUGAUAGUAAGAAAAACCUGACUUUCUUGGACUUAUUACUUUCUUACCAAGAAUCGGACAAUUUCACAGAUGAAGAAAUUGCAGAGGAGGUAAACACAUUCAUGUUUGGGGGUCAAGAUACUACAUCGCUUACUGUAACAUACACUUUACUAGCAAUAGGAAAUCAUCCUCAUGUGCAGAAACGUCUUCAGGAAGAAAUUGACAGUAUAUACAAUGGACAAGAAAGACCCGUUACAUCAGAUGACUUCAGCAAAAUGGAAUAUAUGGAGAGAGUUAUCAAGGAAACCCUCAGAGCCUAUAAUUUCGUCCCUUACAUAUCCAGAAGUUUGGUUGAAGAUAUUGAAAUAGAGGGUCUAGUGAUUCCAAAAGAUGUCUCUGUUGUCGUAUCUUUAUACGAUCUACACCGUGAUCCAGAUAUAUAUCCAGAACCCGAGAAAUUCGAUCCCGAUAGAUUUUUACCGGAAAUAUCAGCCAAAAGACAUCCCUAUGCUUAUAUCCCCUUCAGUGCAGGACCUAGAAACUGUAUAGGUCAAAACUUUGGAAUGAAAAACGCCAAAACCGUGAUAACGUACAUACUGAGAAGGUACAAUGUAACAUGUUUAGAAAAACCAGAAGAUAUAAAAAAAUCUUACGAAAUUGUUCUCAAACCGCAAAGCGGUUUAAAGGUUAGGUUAGAAAGAAGACACUAAAAACUUUGUAUAGCUAUGUAUUCAAUAGAUUCUACCCAAUGACUAAAGAAUACAUGGACUAACACUCGAGACCAAAUUGUUGCCCUACAUCCAAACAGUGCCGUGGCGCAUAUUUUUCUUACCUUAGCUGCUUGAAUAGAUAUUUAUAUUUUUAAUAAAUGUUUUGACUACGCCUAUGGUGCAUUCGGUGGUAUCAUACUAAUUAAUUACGAAAAAAACGUAUUAAAAACAAAAUGUACAAAACUAGUAUCGACGUAUAGCAUAUAUCAGUACAUAUAAUAGAAAAAUAAUUAUCGAAUUCAAUAAGAAAACUAGUGGCCUGUUGGAGUGGACUGUUUAUUUACCUAUGAAACGUAACUCCCGGCUCUUUCUUAUCACUGCGGCUUUUACACUUAAAAGCUGAACAACUAAUCGCCAUUGUAAUAAAGUUUAUACAAAGUUCACUACACACAAACUAUUAAAAAUCGCUAAAAUUGUCGAUGAUGACCAGCUGAUGACUAACAAAUUUUGCUGCAGCCCGUAUAUGAGCGUCACGUAUUAUUUAGUCAUUGAUUCUACCGCACGAUCGAAAAUAAAAAAGGCAUCGAGUUUUUUGGAAUGACGAUAGAUGAAAUUGAUUAUAUAAUUUUACCUAAUAUACCUAAAA